GCGGUAGCGGCGGCGGUAGCAGCGGCGUCCGAGCUACGCCACACGGGGCCGGGGCGCCGGGAGCCGGAGCGCGCAGCGCAGCGCGGGGUCGUGGCGGCGGCGGUGAGGGGAGCGCGGCGGCGGCGGAGGAGGCGGAGCCAUGGCGGGCCAGCAGUUCCAGUACGAUGACAGCGGGAACACCUUCUUCUACUUCCUCACCUCCUUCGUGGGGCUCAUCGUGAUCCCCGCCACCUACUACCUCUGGCCGCGAGACCAGAACGCGGAGCAAAUUCGAUUAAAGAAUAUCAGAAAAGUAUAUGGAAGAUGUAUGUGGUAUCGUUUACGGUUAUUAAAACCCCAGCCAAAUAUUAUUCCUACAGUAAAGAAAAUAGUUCUGCUUGCAGGAUGGGCACUGUUCUUAUUUCUUGCAUACAAAGUUUCUAAAACAGACCGAGAAUAUCAAGAAUAUAAUCCUUAUGAAGUACUAAAUUUGGAUCCUGGAGCAACAGUGGCAGAAAUUAAGAAACAGUAUCGCUUGUUGUCGCUUAAAUAUCAUCCAGAUAAAGGAGGUGAUGAAGUUAUGUUCAUGAGGAUAGCAAAAGCUUAUGCAGCUUUAACAGAUGAAGAGUCUCGGAAAAAUUGGGAAGAAUUUGGAAAUCCAGAUGGUCCUCAAGCUACAAGCUUUGGAAUUGCUUUGCCAGCUUGGAUAGUUGACCAGAAAAAUUCGAUUCUGGUUUUACUUGUGUAUGGAUUGGCCUUUAUGGUUAUCCUUCCUGUUGUGGUGGGCUCUUGGUGGUAUCGGUCAAUACGAUAUAGUGGAGACCAGAUUCUAAUACGUACAACACAGAUUUAUACAUACUUUGUUUAUAAAACUCGAAAUAUGGAUAUGAAACGUCUCAUCAUGGUUUUAGCUGGAGCUUCUGAAUUUGAUCCUCAAUAUAAUAAAGAUUCCACAAGCAGGCCAACAGAUAAUAUCUUAAUACCACAGCUAAUCAGGGAAAUUGGCAGCAUAAAUUUAAAGAAGAAUGAACCUCCACUUACCUGUCCAUAUAGCCUGAAGGCCAGAGUUCUUUUACUGUCUCAUCUUGCUAGGAUGAAAAUUCCUGAGACACUGGAAGAAGAUCAACAGUUCAUGCUGAAAAAAUGUCCUGCUCUGCUUCAAGAAAUGGUUAAUGUAAUCUGCCAGCUAAUAAUAAUGGCCCGGAGCCGUGAAGAAAGGGAGUUUCGUGCUCCAACUUUGGCAUCCUUAGAAAACUGUAUGAAGCUUUCCCAGAUGGCCGUUCAGGGGCUCCAGCAGUUUAAGUCUCCCCUUCUGCAACUCCCUCAUAUCGAAGAGGACAAUCUUAGAAGAGUCUCAAAUCAUAAAAAGUACAAAAUUAAAACUAUCCAGGAUUUGGUCAGUUUAAAAGAAUCAGAUCGUCAUAGUCUGCUACACUUCCUUGAGGAUGAAAAAUAUGAAGAGGUCAUGGCAGUUCUUGGGAGUUUCCCGUAUGUGACCAUGGACAUAAAAUCCCAGGUCUUGGAUGAUGAAGAUAGCAACAACAUCACAGUAGGAUCCCUAGUUACAGUGUUGGUUAAGUUGACAAGGCAGACCAUGGCUGAAGUAUUUGAAAAGGAACAGUCCAUCUGUGCUGCCGAGGAACAGCCUGCAGACGACGGGCAGAGUGACGCCAGUAAGAUGAAGGCAAAGGGAGGAUGGCAGCAGAAGGGCAAAGGGCCCAAGAGAAUGCCCAAGGCCAAAAAGAAGAAGCCUGUGAAAAAGAAGGCCCUAACUGUGCCCUUGCCUCAGGCAAAGCAGCAGAAGCUAAAGCAGGCAAACGGAGUUGUCGGGAGUGAAGCUGCAAUAAAGGAGGAGGAAGACGACAUUUCUGACAAAGGCAGUGAUUCUGAAGAGGAAGAAACCAAUAGAGAUUCGCAGAGUGAGAAAGACGAUGGUAGUGACAGGGAGUCUGACAGAGAGCAAGAUGAGAAGCAGAGCAAGGACGACGAAGCCGAGUGGCAAGAGUUACAACAAAGUAUACAGAGAAAAGAGAGAGCUCUUCUGGAGACCAAGUCAAAGAUAACACACCCUGUGUACAGUCUCUACUUUCCUGAGGAAAAACAAGAGUGGUGGUGGCUUUAUAUUGCAGAUAGGAAAGAGCAAACAUUAAUAUCCAUGCCAUAUCAUGUGUGCACACUGAAGGAUACAGAGGAGGUAGAACUGAAGUUUCCCGCACCAGGCAAGCCUGGAAAUUAUCAGUAUACAGUGUUUCUGAGAUCAGACUCCUAUAUGGGCUUGGAUCAGAUUAAACCACUGAAGUUGGAAGUUCAUGAGGCCAAACCUGUGCCAGAAAACCACCCACAGUGGGACACGGCGAUAGAAGGUGACGAAGAUCAGGAAGACAGUGAGGGAUUUGAAGACAGCUUUGAGGAGGAGGAGGAAGAGGAGGAAGGUGGUGACUGAGCCGUGAGUGGAGCACAGCACAGCGCUGGCACGGCCUUGCAGACACCUGCUGCUCUGUGAGGGAGAGGGCAGAAGCAGGCUCUGGAGGAGGUGCUGGCGUCUUUACUGAACUGGAUGCAACAAUAGACCGUCGGUGCCACCGUGCAGUCUGAGGGGCUUAGAGCCUUUCAGGGGUGGGGUGGUGCGUUUAUCUCAUCUGCAAAUGAUAAUAAACCCUUCGAUGUUACAACUGUCCAGAAGUGUGGGCUGUGCGUUCCCGAUCAGAUCCUGCUCUUGGAGGGUCAAGGCGCAUGAGAAGCAGUCUGUGGGUGAGGGGCUUUCCUUUGUUCAGCUUUAGUUUUAGUAAACAUUCAAGUAUGAUAAACACCACAAAUAUGUUCUAAGUAACGUCUGCUCAAGUUUUUAAUCUGUUAGUAAGCUCUAUUAUUCAUUUAUCAAUAUUUUACAAAUGGUAAGAUUGUAACAGUUCCAUAUGUGAGUUGAAACCAUAAUUUUCAUCUAUCUUGGCCAUAACUUAGCAUUCUCACACAUUCCACAUAAUACAGAGGGCUACAUUUUAGAAUUUUCCGUUCCUAAUUGCCCAGAGUUAGCAAUCAUUAUAAAAGUGGCUUUUAUUGGCUUACAGCCUCUUAAAGCCUCUGGUGGUGUCAGUGCAGGACCUAAUUCAUCUGAUAAAGUUCAGGGCCAACAGUGAUUGUGGGACCACACGUUCUCUGAUGCUUGGCUUCUGUCAUUCAGCCUUUUGGAAAAGGUUCACUAGAAAAGCUUUUAAUCUACCUGACUCUGUCAGAUGCCUUUUAAAGAAAGUAAAUACAGCAUCCAGAGGAGGCACUUUUGUAUUCAUUUGAACUCCUGUUAAUAAAAUAGAAGUUGAACUCAUUUUAUGUUUGUAAUUGUGUGUGUCUUUUUACUCCUAGAGAAAGGGCAUAAAUAGGGUAAUGUUUUAUUUUUCAACUCAAAGUUUAAUAUUGUACCUCACUGUGGAAGUGACUGCUAUCUCUGUAUCCUCUUGGGAAACCCAGGAGGAAGAACUCUUUUUUUCUCAUUUAGUACAACCCAAAAGGGCAGUGCUCAGCACAGAGUAGAACUGUGUGUGAUGAGUCACUGAGGUCAGAGGAAUAUUUUUAUUACUAGACAUAGAGGACACACAUGUCUAUAAUACUGUAAGACUGACUGCAAUAAUCCUAUCACACUUGCCAUAGGCCAAAGUACUGUUGCAAUACUAACUUAUGACCUUGGUUAUUUAAAAGGUUGCUACUCUUCCUGCAGAAUUAUCGCUGGUAUUUUGUUACUACAGUAGUUGGAAAUAAAAUUUGAAAAUUACCAAAAAUAUGAAUUUUUUGUUGUUGUUCUAAAUUUAAGAUAUAACACUUAACUGUUGCUUUCCCUGGCACCCCGCCCCGGGUGAACAAGACCUUCCCUUCCUCUGCAGGCACGGGUGGGUGCGUGGGUCUGCCUUCAGACCAAGUCUGGCUGGGAGGCUCCAGAGUUGGCUGUAGCGGCUAGACAUGCCAGUGUGAGGGAGGGAGUCAGCUGUGUCAGGGAGAGGAGCACACUGAGCCGGAGGAACAGCCGGAGCUGGGCCGGUUGCCUGUCGUAGCGUUGGUGAAGUAGCCAGGCUGGAGGAAGCCUUGUCUGGUGGCUCCUUUCUCUCUGAAAGGGCGCACAGACUCUUCAGACAACGGGUGUCUCAGUUUGAGAUUCUCUAGUGAGGACUUUACACCCUGAUAACAGCACUGUGCUUACAAAACAGCAUGUCUUCCAGGAUUGGAGAUUCCAACAGUUAGCUUGUGUUUGCCUAUUUUGUGAUGUGUAUCAACAUCUCAACCUCAAGAACCAGUUUUCCUCUGACCAGUGCUUUGGUGAAAGUGCUUUGGUCGGGUAGGCUGCUCUCUUCUCAGUCCCUGGACUCCACGUCCCUUCUUUCCUCUGCAGUAGUAAUUUGUCCUAAUUUGCAUUUAGUUGAAGAGAAAUACAGAGUGAAAUUGAUUAUAUAUGAAAUUCAGUAGCUUACAUUGUGUAAAAGUUUUCAUUUCUAAAUUUGCAGAAUGUCUAUCAAAAUGUAGCUUUCUAGAAGGAGACUUCCUGCUAGUCAAAAGUGGCAGGUUAGCACUGGAAGACCUGACUGAGGUCUCAGACCCAAAAGUAGAUUUGCAGUCUUUAAAAUUUUGCCUUUUUUUUUUUUUUUUGAGAAGAAUCAAGCGCAUUGAAUUAAGAUUCUGUAUAUGGAGCAGUCUUGUUCUUCGCUCUGCCUUUCCCAGCAUACCCUGGGGGUGGAGGUGAGGAGUGGAGCACUGCAGUCCACUGCUUUCUGGGAAGCUCAGGUCUGUCUGUACGCGGUGUAGGCGUGGAAUGCCCGUUUCUGCCAUGUGGAACCAGGGAGCGUACUGAGGCUUUCUUAGUGUGAUUUGAUUUGGUUUUUGAGACUCGCUAUAUAGCCUAGGCUGGCCUUGAACUCCCGAUGUAGCCCAGGUUGUGGACCUUGUGAUCCUCCUCCAGUCUCAGCCUCCUGAGUACUAGGAUUACAGACACGAGCCACCACACCUGGUGUUACACAUUGACUGCAUUUAUUCAGGUACCUGCUCCAGCUGGCUCCUACCACACACUGGAGUGCUGUUUAGUGAUGAUGUGUAUUUCAGCUGCACUACAUGUCUCUGAGGGAAUGUUUACCAUGCGUUGACUGCGUUUCCAUGCAGGGCUCUGCCAUUGGGCACAGCAGCUGUGGGCACUCUCUGUGUGAAGGACUUAACUUGGACUUAGUCAGCACGUGGGUGGGAAGUUUUUCUUCUUUCUCCUGUGGCACAGUGGCCGAUAUUUCAGAUGCCUCCCUCUUUCUUUCCUUUCUUCCCCUGUUGUUUGUUUGUUUGCUUGAUCUUGUCACUAGGCAGAGGAAUUGUGUUUUAAGGAACUAGCUAUUAAGUUAAUUGGCCUUUGCCUAGCCCCUUAGCCCCUUUGAAUAAAGCAACAUGCAUCUUUUGUUUUUAAAUGCUUCCUUUUUGAAGCAUUUUCUCGACUCUAUGAAUCCCCUAUUUAGUCUGCCUUAAAGUGAACCAACGAUCAGUGAACCGCAGCAUGACAUUUUACCAGCAGUGCAGUGGUUAGUUAAGUGUGUCUCCAGAUGUUAGCACCAUCAUACACUUACACUUGACACUAGGGCUAUUUUACACACCGUAACAAACAAAACAGGCGCCACCUUGUACAUUUUCCUGGAACUGAGCUAAAACUCCAAAUAGCAAGCAAUCAUGGGCAUACUUUAGAAGUGUGGUUUCAGGUGGGGUGUGCAUCCUGGGGGAUGCAGGUACUAAGUCCAUUGAGAAAAUGUUAAAAUAAUGAUGCUUUGUAUUUAACCUCAUCCUUUUAAAUUUCUAUUUUUAUGUGUUUUAUAAUGUACAUAAUAUAUUGUACAGUUGUACACUUAUAUAAUUUAUAAAUAAAUAAUACAUUUAUUGGUGCAUUA